CUUUUUGUGAAGUGAUCUAUCUUAGUCAAAAUGACGGAAGGUACAGCUACUAUUAGAACUAGAAAGUUCAUGACCAACAGAUUGUUGGCUAGAAAACAAAUGGUUGUUGAUGUUUUACAUCCAGGUCAACCAUCAGUUAAGAAAACUGAAAUAAGGGAAAAGUUAGCUAAAAUUUAUAAAGUUCUCCCAGAUGUAGUCUUCGUCUUUGGCUUUAGGACAAACUUCGGAGGUGGUAAAUCCACGGGAUUUGGUUUAAUUUAUGAUACAUUAGAUUUCGCUAAAAAAUUCGAACCUAAACAUAGGUUAGCAAGGCAUGGUCUCUAUGAAAAGAAACAACAAACAAGAAAACAACGUAAAGAACGUAAGAACAGAAUGAAAAAAGUCAGGGGUACCAAAAAGACUAAAGUUGGUGCUUCUGCUAAAAAGGGAAAGAAAUAGAUUUAUAUAUCUCGUCAACUAAAGUAAUCCGUCAAUGGACGCACAUCAUUUUGUGGAACUUAUCUACAGUACGUUUCAAGUUCUAUGUGCUAUACAACAAACAUAAGAUGUGCUUGUUUGUUUUUCAUGUUAAACAACAUCAUUUCAAUAAAUAUAUUUAAGUUUCUAAG